AUGGACGGCGGGAGAAGAGACGAAGGAACUCAAGCCGAACCGACCCAAAACACCAGAAAUCCUGGUACGACGCGAAUUGUAGCAAGGACCAGGCAAGUUGUCACAGGCUCGGAGUCCGGCGCGAAAAGCGGGUCGCCCACGGACGCUGUGCCCCAUGUCUGCCAUGUCUCAACUGCCUGCGGCCAGCCGGCCCUGGCGGCCGACAAGUCCCGGUAUGCCGGCGCCCUCUCGCUGUGCGGUGCGACCAGACAAUGGGAACAUCGCGAAACCGAACAUCAUGCAGCGUUUGCACGGUUCCCUCCACCUUUGGAGCUAAGCAACCAUGUUUCCGGGUUGGAUCACACCAUCUCGUCGGAGGAAUAG